UGUGUGUGUGUGUGUGUGUGUUCAGAUGGUGGAGAUGGUGUGUCUGCAUGUCAUCAGCCUGAUGGAGGCGCUGCAGGAGUGUAACUCCACCAUCUUUGUUAAGCUGAUCCCCAUGUGGCUGCCGAUGAUCCAGUCUAACCUGAAUCACCUGUCCGCAGGUCUCCAGCUGCGUCUGCAGGCGAUCCAGAACCGUGUGAACCACCAGUGUCUCCAGAACCCCGGCUCCAGCUCCUUCCCGCUCACGCUCCGCAAGUGGCUUCAGUGCACGCAGUUCAAGAUGGCGCAGGUGGAGAUCCAGUCCUCCGAGGCAGCGUCGCAGUUUUACCCCAUGUGAUCACACACACACACACACACACACCACACACACACACAUACACACACGCGCACACACACACAC